CAGGGAGAAAGCAGUGCAGCCAAAUUCAGAACUAAAGAGAACAGAACAAAGACUCGUAACUUUCUCAUUGAAGCUGCCUCCUUCCCAACUCUAGAAGAUCUCUACUCUGGACAAGGUGUCGCCGUGAACAUGGCAUCAGCGAUCCACAUGCUGGGCCCAGUGUGCCUCAUUGAGAACACUAAAGGGUACCUGGUGGUGAAUCCAGAAGCUCUGGAGAACCUGUCUGCCAUUACACAGCCUGUAGUAGUGGUGGCAAUUGUAGGCCCCUACCGCACAGGCAAGUCCUACCUGAUGAACAGGCUGGCUGGGAAGAACAAAGGCUUCCCUCUGGGCUGCACAGUGAAGUCUAAAACCAAAGGCAUCUGGAUGUGGUGUUUGCCCCAUCCCUCCAAGCCAAACCUCACCCUGGUCCUUCUGGACACUGAGGGUCUGGGUGAUAUUGAAAAGAGUGACCCUAAGAAUGACUCAUGGAUCUUUGCCCUGGCUGUGCUUCUAAGCAGCUGCUUUGUCUACAACAGCAUGAGCACCAUCAACCACCAGGCUCUGGAGCAGCUGCACUACGUGACUCAACUAACACAGCUAAUCAGGGCAAAAUCCUGCCCCAGGACUGAUGAAGUUGAGGACUCCAGCGAGUUUGUGAGUUUCUUUCCCGACUUUAUUUGGGCUGUUCGAGAUUUUACCCUGGAGCUGAAGUUAGAUGGACACCCCAUCACAGAAGAUGAGUACCUGGAGAAUGCCUUGAAGCUGAUUCCAGGCAAGAAUCCCCAAAUCCAAAAUUCUAAUAAGCCCAGGGAGUGGAUCAGGCAUUUCUUUCCAAAACGGAAGUGCUUUGUCUUUGACCAGCCAACAAAUGACAAAAAGCUCUUAUUCCAUGUUGAAGAAGUACCGGAAGACCAACUGGAUAGUGAUUUCCAGGUGCAAUCAGAAAACUUCUGUUCUUAUAUCCUCACGCAUGCAAAGACCAAGACCCUGAGAGAGGGAAUCCUUGUCACUGGAAACCGGCUGGGGAUGCUGGUGGAGACCUACCUGGAUGCCAUCAACAGCGGAGUGGUUCCUUGUCUGGAGAAUGCGGUGACAACUCUGGCCCAGCGUGAGAACUCAGCAGCCGUGCAGAGGGCAGCUGACCACUACAGCCAGCAGAUGACCCAGCAAGUGAGGUUCCCCACAGACACGCUCCAGGAGCUGUUGGAUGUGCACACCACCUGUGAGAGGGAAGCCAUUGCAGUCUUCAUGGAGCACUCCUUCAAGGAUGAAAACCAGGAAUUCCAGAGGAAGCUUGUGGACUCCACAGAGAAAAAGAAGGAAGACUUUGUGCUGCAGAAUGAAGUGGCAUCUGCCAAAUAUUGCCAGGCUGAGCUUAAGCGGCUUUCAGAGCACUUGAUGGAAAGCAUUUCAAGAGGAACUUUCUUUGUUACUGGAGGGCACAAUCGCUACUUAGAAGCAAAGAAGAAGAUUGAGCAGAACUAUACACUAGUGCCCAGAAAAGGAGUUAAGGCAAACGAGGUCCUCCAGAGCUUCCUGCAGUCACAGGUGGUUGUAGAGGAAUCCAUCCUGCAGUCAGACAAAGCCCUCACUGCUGGAGAGAAGGCCAUAGCAGCUAAGCAGGCUAAGAAGCAGGCUGCUGAGAAGGAACAGGAGCUGCUAAGACAAAAACAGAAGGAACAGCAGCAAAUGAUGGAGGCUCAAGAGAGAAGCUUCCAGGAAAACAUGGCCCAACUCAAGAAGAAGAUGGAGAGGGAAAGGGAAAACUAUAUGAGAGAGCUGAGAAAGAUGCUGAGUCACAAGCUGAAGGUCCGAGAAGAACCGCUUACUGAAGGAUUUAAAGACAUAUUUGAGUUGUUAAAUGAAGAGAUUAAUCGACUGAAAGAAGAGAUUGAAACAGCUGAAAAUGAAGAGCCCUCAGUGUUUUCCCAGAUUCUUGAUGUGGCUGGCAAUAUAUUUAUCGCAGUACUACCUGGGGCUGCUAAACUAGUUGAUUUAGGGAUGGAAAUUCUUAGCUCAUGUAUGUAAUAGGCUAAGAAUUCCUGCUAAGAAAAUUAUAAAAUAAGGUUUCUUUUGUUAAAAUGGCAUAACACUGUUGCUCACUUUAAAAGUAUAUGUGUUAUUGCAGUUUCAUUUAAGAAAAGUUUAAAAUUAAAAAGCAAAUUUCAAAGAAUAUGGCCUGAAGUCCACAAAAACAAACUUAAAUUUGACUGAAUUAAUAAUUUAUAGAAAUGGGGGACAAGUUGGAAGAUAAAAUUAUCCCUAGAAAAGAUUUAAGUAAAGCAAAAAGACAAAUGGUAAGAUGAAGAAACCAUUUUCAAUUUGUAUUGCAGUCACAGAGAUAAUUUGUUAUAAUUAGCUCUUGUAAAUCAGUGAGAAGAGAGUAACACCACAUAUCUUAAACAGGCAAAAAUAUGAUAAUAACAAUGUUUAAUUUUACUGACAAUAAAAGUUGUGCAAAAAAAAACUAUGAGGUUCUCGCUUCAAUUUAUGAUGGGCAAGAAAGAGCAGUUUGACAGGGCACUGAGCUGGCAAGGGUUUGGGGAUAUUGUCAGUGUCGCAUAUUUGCUAGUGAGAGUGUGAACUGUUGGAAUCAUGUAUGAAUUAUUUAAGUUCACAUACAUUUGAUGGGGGAGCAUUUCCACAUUUAGAAAUCCAUCAGAUGAACUGAUUUACUCAAACUGAAAAUGGUGUAUAUAAUAGUAUAUAUGUUGCACCAUUGCCUUAAUGCCAAAAGACUGAAAAAAACAUUAAAGUCCCUCUUUCAGGUACUGAUAAGGGAAAUCUUGGGAAAUUCCUGGAAUAUUCUACAGCCACUAAAAUGAAGGGAGAAGCUCUAUUUGAACUAAUGAAAAGUCUCCAAGAUGUACUAUAAGUAAAAAAAAAAAAAAAAAAAAAAGAUGCAGGAAGCAUGUAAAAUUACUACCAGUGAAUUUAGAAAAUAAUGAAUUUGUGCAUAUAUUAUCUCCUUCUGGAAAAACAGAAAAUAAUCUAGUAUACAUUGUCAUAGCAGGAAUGAGCUUGAAUAGUUGAGGCAAGAAAUAAGAAGAUAACUAAUUUCACAUCAUAUAUUCUUCUGUGCCUUUAUUUUUUUAUAAAAAUCUAUUGCAUUAAUGUUAUAUUUAUUGUCUUUGUUGAGUGCUUUAGGUCAACAAAUACAGAUUUCAUUUGGUUCUUACCAUAACCUUGAAGGACAAAUGUUAUUAUCUUCAGUUUGUGGAUAAUAAAAGGAAGAUAGGGAAAUUAAUCUAUUUGCCCAAGAUCAUUGGUUAGGUUACCAAGUUAUUACCUCAGCUUGUGUUUCAUAACUCCAAUUCCACUACAUAGACUUUAAUAUCAAGGAAUGGAAGAAUAACUCUUAAACUGAGUUGUCAGACAUAUCAAAAGCAAAACAAACAUAUAAUUGUCAAGAUGAAGACAAAUAUAAUAUACCUAAUUGAAAAAAUAGGAUUAAAGGAUUUUAUACUACUUAUAAAGUCUUGUUUUCUUGUAUUCCAAAUAGGGAGCCCUAUUUCGUUACAAAGAAGUACUGCCACAGCAUGGAUUUGAUCUUUGAUCUAAUUUUUUCAAGAUUUUGUGAGACCAAGCAAACUCUUAUGAAAAUCUCUUGUUCUUUCCUCUUCCAAGGCAUUAUGAAACCAGAAAAAAAAGCUCCUCUGAUUUGUGCACUCCAGAAGUCUUUCACUCUUUUGUCAAUAUGGUUUUGUCCUCUCUCUUGAGUCUUUUGUACAUUUGUCCUCUUCAUGCAGGCAGCAUUAACUAGGGUGACUUUAGCACCAUAAUAAAUUACAUUCUAUUGUAGCACCUCUACCAACACCGCAAACACAUAGCCUCCACCUCCAUCCAGUCUCUCAGGGAGCUGAAAACACUUUUAUAUGCUAAUCCACCAAAAAAAA